AGACGUAGCUUGAGUGUCCAAGCUGUACUUGGUGACACACUGAGCCUCCAUCCGCUGCCUGGCGCCCUCCGGACAAUCAGUGUAUCCGGAGGAGGAUGAGUUCCUGGGCGUGGCUGGUGGCGAUGGUGGUGGUGGCGACGGACCUCCAGGCCCGAGUCUCAGGCUUCAAUCUCAACGUAAACCUCUCUAGAAUCCUGAGGGGCAACAACGACUCCUACUACGGCUACAGUGUGGCUCUGUGGCAUGACCAAGUCAAAGAGAAAAGCCUGGUGGUCGGGGCGCCGAGGGGACGGAGCUCCAAGGCCGGGAACUACAGCUUGCCUCUGGGGGACAUCUAUGUGUGCAAGACCUUCAGCGACACGUGUGAUCCUCUCCCCUCUCUCCCCUCUCUCAGCUACACGGAUCGUAGCCAGGAAGCCGUCUGGUGGGGAGCAACCAUGCAGAAUCAAGGGAUUGGCUUCGGCGAGACUCUGUAUACGACAGGAGCCGCCCAGUCCAAACUCUUGGCGUGCGCCCCUCGUUACCCACGGAAGGUCGUGUCGCACGACUACAUCUCUCUCCACGGGCGCGGGGCCUGCUACGUCCUGUCCACGAAGGCAGGCGAAGUCAUCAAGGUACUUCCCUACCCUGGAGACAAUUUUCAAGUGGGGCAAAAGACCUACAAAAACACCAAUGCUUUAACCGCCUUCGCUCUGGCGGGCUCCAGCGGGGUCCUGAGUCAGGACCAGCACUACGUAUACCUAGGAGGCCCCUACGCUUUCUUCGGUCAAGGUAUCCUGGUCAGCAUGCUCUCCUCUGGCACCAAGUGGAUGGAGACCAACAAGGCCACAUACGGAGCGGAAGAGCUGGACUUCUCCAUGGAGGGCUGGGCGCUGGCGGUGGGCAAGUUCGACGGAGCGAGGGAGGCCCUGGCCACCUCGCUACCCGGAGCCGAUCAUUCCCGCGGAGCCAUAAACUUUGUUAACGCUCGAUUGAAACCGGAGCCGGGGUCGUCAGUGUACGGCCAGGAGAUGGGCGCCCAGUUCGGGUAUUGUCUUGCUGCUGGCGACGUGGACGGAGACGGUGUCGACGACCUCAUUGUGGGCGCUCCUCUGGCUCAGGGUCGGGGCUCGCAGACCCCAGAUGCUGGCAAGGUUUAUAUCUACUACGGCCCGCUCGUUAAGGUAACAUGA